GUCGAUGACAAAUUUCCGAGAGUGGUCCAACGAGUCCGCACCAGUAGUCAUGGCGUCGAUUUAGCAGACCUCAACGCCGAUUCCUUCUCCAAGUUGUCCAAGAAAGAGGUCGACGAUACCUUCAGCGCGCUCCGCUACCAGCUCUCCAAGCGCUCAGAUGACAAUGCCCUGAAGGAGUACAACGUGCUGAAAGGGGAUGAAGACCGCAGGAACUGGCUGGCAAAGUUCGCCGUCGACCCGAGCACAGGCGGCAGCUUGGCUGAGAGCAGCGCGACCGUGACCAAACGCGACAUGGGGAAGGAGACCGACGAAUGGUUCACCAAGGGGAUGCCCACGCGCAUAAACAGCAUCGAGGAGAAGAGCACAGUCAAAACGGAGGCGGAGAUGGACCCAGGCCAGCACAAUCAGGCGCAGCGUGCCACGGCCAACGCCUUGAAGCGCCCGACGCUCGCAGAGGGCGCCGCCGCCCCCGACCCCAAGGGGAAGAACCCGAAGAAGGCCGCGCGCAACCGCCUGGCCUCCAAGAACAGAAUUCUGAGGGGGCUCAAGGCUUGCAGCGACGGGGUCCUGAACGAGAUGCGCGACAUCGAUUGG